GAGCCGGCCACAUACACACACACACUGCUCCUAUAAAGAUGUGAAAAUGGCGGAGCUACAAAUGCUUCUGGAAGAGGAGAUUCCAGCCGGACGAAGCGCACUACUAGACAGUUUCACCAAUUUGGAAAGAGUAGCGGAGUACUGCGAAAGCAACUAUGUCCAGUCUCCAGACAAGGAGAGGGCGCUGGAGGAGACCAAGAACUACACCACCCAGUCCCUGGCCAGCGUGGCCUACCUGAUCAACACGCUGGCCAACAAUGUGCUGCAGAUGCUGGACAUCCAGGCCUCGCAGCUCCGCCGCAUGGAGUCCUCCAUCAACCACAUCUCACAGACAGUGGACAUCCACAAAGAGAAGGUGGCCCGGCGGGAGAUCGGUAUCCUCACCACCAACAAGAACACGUCCCGCACCCACAAGAUCAUCGCCCCCGCCAACCCCGAGAGGCCCGUACGCUACAUACGCAAGCCCAUCGACUACAGCUUCCUGGACGACAUGGGCCAUGGAGUCAAGUGGUUGCAAAGGUUUAAGGCCAGCGCUCAGAACAUGAAGGCAGGAGGCGCGGUCCUCCCUCGCACAAACCCCCCCACACAGAAGCCCCCCAGCCCGCCCAUGUCGGGGAAAGGGACCCUCGGGCGCCACUCCCCCUAUAGGACGCUCGAGCCGGUGCGUCCGCCCGUUGUCCCUAACGACUACGUCUCAAGCCCGACGCGCAACAUGGCGCCCCCCCUGCAGAGCCCUGCACGCACUGCAUCUGUUAAUCAGAGGAACCGCACGUACAGCAGUGGGAGCAGUGGAGGCAGCCAUCCCAGCAGCAGCCGCAGCAGCAGCCGGGAGAACAGUGGCAGCGGCAGCGUGGUCCUACCCAUCGCCGUGCCAACCCCCGCCCCGCCCAACGCAUUCCCAGGUGCCCCUCAGUUCUACAGCAUGAACCGCCCCGCGCAGCCCCCCAUGCCAAACUCUCAGGUGGGGGGCUCUCUGCCGUUCCGCCGCCCCUCCUCCGUCACCGGGCAGCCCAACAUGUCCCAGAGCCAGCUCAACGGGGGGCCGCACUUCGCCCAGACCCCAGCAGGCCCGCUCGCACCCCCUCCCCCCUCCAUGCAGAUCACCCCCCAGCUGCCUCUGAUGGGCUUUGUGGCCCGAGUACAGGAGACCAUCUCAGACGCGCCGCCUCCACCUCCCCCUGCCGAGGAUCCGGUGUUCGAAGAACCCACCCCCCCGCCUCCUCCACCGCCGGAAGAGUACGAAGACGAGGAGGAGGAGGAGGAUGAAGAGGAGUCAGCGGUGGUGGAGUACAGCGACCCGUACGCUGAGGAGGACCCCCCGUGGGCCCCCCGCACCUACGACGAGAAAGUGGUGGCCAUCUACGACUACGCCCGGGACAAAGAGGACGAGCUGUCGUUCCAGGAGGGCUCCAUCAUCUACGUGAUCAAGAAGAACGACGACGGCUGGUACGAGGGCGUGAUGAACGGCACCACAGGCCUCUUCCCCGGAAACUACGUGGAGUCCAUCAUGCACUACGCCGACUGAACAAUCCCCCCUCUGUCGAGACGGGAGGAGAGGAGCGGGUGGAUGAGAAGGGGGAGGGGAGACGUGGGUUAAAGGUCAAAGACUUUGAACAGACAGAGCAUGAUGACCUCCGGACGGGAAGAGGAGACGAAGAAGGGCGAACUGACAGUCCUUCUCAUAGGCGCCAUUGUAAAACAACCACUACUCUAGAUAUUCCCUUUCUUUUGUUUGACUCAAUAAGGACUGGACGCCGUGUUGUAUUCCGAGAGUUUUGCGUUACAUUACGAGGCCACUCACUACAUUGAUUUUGCUUCGUUUUACCAUUUUGCCCUUAUUUGAAAGUAUAUUUAUUUGGUUUUUGUAGUGGGUUAUACAGUAGAGGGAGAGGGACUAAAGGCUGGAGGAGAAUGCCUUCAUGUGUAGAUUUAGUUCUCCUUCCUAAAGAGACAUCUUUAGGAACUAUACUCUAUAUGUAGGUAUAAUGCAACAACGAUAUCCUCGGUGGUGGGGGGGGAGGAGAACUGUAGAUUCCGUACUUGACUAAAUGUUGAGGUACCUCUUGCGGAGAGCGUGCCAAAGCUGACAUCCACUAGGAAAAAGCACAUCACAUGUCUUAAGAUUUAAAGUGGGGAAAAAAAGAGGUCUGAGAGGAAGCCCCAAGAGUGCUUUCAACCCUGAUAUUCUGCGUCGAAUGACAGCGUGCUUUCGUUUCAGCGACGGACGAUGUGCAUUUGAGAGGAAGCCAUUUUGUUUUUUUGCCGUUUUUAACCGGGGUCCAGACUUUGCUUGCAGAGCGGCAGACUGCAUGUUUCCACGAGGAGAAAAAAAAAAGUCUUUUGUUUUCUGCUCGGAUUAAUGUCUUAAUAUUUUUAGAUAUGGUGUGGUUUGGUUUUUUUGAUAUUUCACCCACGAUGCAUUUGGGGUCAUUUCCAAGACGCUUGUGCCAUAUUGAAGUGCGUGUUGCUGUCCAUCACUUCAUUCGCAAUAAAUUGGCCGGAGUGGGGUGGUACUACAAAUCUUAUUUUCUCUUCCCCCGAGUUGUUUUAAAUCAAAAAGCACAUACAUUUGUAGUGAAAAGGUAUAGAAGAAGAAAUAAUAUAUAUGUGAGAUGUAUUACGUCCUCAAAAACAGGACUUAUUGAAUAUAUAAAGAUGCCAGCUGUUGUGUUGAAAUGGUUUUAAGCCCCCCUUAACGCCUUCAGUUUAGGCGUCCGCCGUAAAGUUGGGUGUUUGCGAGGGCUCAGUGCUUGUACUUAUGUCAGAAUCUUUAUUUUCUAUUAAAAAAAAAAACAACAAAUAAUAACAAGUGGGUCUGUAUGUGAGUCUUGCAUGCCAUUGUAUCUGUACUGGUGUCCCAAAAACCUACGUGGCGAGAUCACCCGUUGUUUAAAAA